GAAUAACAUCAACAAAACUCUCCCAAAUCAAAACAGUUGUUUGCAAUCAUCGAAGCUGAGUGUUUAACAUGAAACGGCAAGCAUAGCGGAAUAGAUAAAUUUUGUUUUUAAAUCACUUUUUGAUUUUGGUAAUAUCUUUAAAUAAUUAAAGUGCAUAACAACAAAUGGCAAACGACAUAAAUACUUGGCCAGAUCCUCCACAACGGCCGAAAAAGAAGACACUACCGCAAGGCAUUAAAGAAACAUUUUUCGAAUAUUGUUCCAAUACAUCAAUACAUGGCAUCAAAUUCUUUGGGGAAAAUCGUUCAUGGACCGAACGCAUUAUUUGGAUUUGUGUUUUCAUUGCAUCGCUUUAUUGGUGUAUCGAUGCUCUGAAAGAAAUCGCCGAUAAAUAUCGGGAGACCCCUGUUAUUGUUAGUUUUUCCGAAAAAUCAACAGACAUAUGGAAUAUACCAUUUCCGGCGGUGACAAUAUGCUCCGAAAUCAAGAGGACACAACGAUCGGGUCCCUCGUACAGUGACCUUUCCGAAUGGUAUGAUGAAAAUCCCCAUGACUUGGCAAAGAAUCUAUCAUCGACGGAUCUUCACGAAUUUCUAACAAUGUUACAAAUCUGUCCACUAACUGCCAUAGAGAACGAUGUCCGAAUACCCCUAGCUGAGCCACUGGAUUUUUUCCAAACACUAGAUGAAAUGCUGCCAGAUUUCGAAAUAACCUUUCCGAUAUGUGCAUGGUUUUACAGUGAAGCUGUCGAAUGUGAGCGGCUGCUGACCAAAACCUAUACCGAGGAGGGUAUUUGUUAUACGUUUAACGCUUUAAAUGCCACCGAUUUGUAUCGUGAAAAUACCGUACAAUAUGAAAGGAUGGGUUUGUCGCAACCAAUGGAUUCCAUAGAAACCCUGAAUAGAACAUUGAGCUGGACAUUGGCCGAGGGUUAUGCGGAGAAUAGUCCCCUCUUCACAUAUCCGGCAAGGAUUUUAAAAAGUGGUGCCAAAACUGGCUUACAUGUCGUUGUUAGGGCGUUUAAAAAUGACAGUGACAGCAGCUGCACCGGACCAAUGCAAGGUUUGAAAAUCCUCCUACAUGCCCCCGAUGAUGUACAAAUGGUAUCGGAAAGUUUCAUCCGUCUUUCAAUGCAGCGACAAGUUUCGAUAGCUGUGAAACCACAAAUGACAACCACCUCAAAGAACAUAGAAGCUUUUACACCCGCCCAGCGACAAUGCCAAAUGCCCGAUGAACGUUAUUUGCGAUUUUUCAAAGUCUACACGGAGAAAAACUGUGAGCUGGAAUGUCUAACGAAUUUCACUUUGGCCCAAUGUGGCUGUGUUCGCUUUGCCAUGCCACGCACCUGGGAUAUGCCCGUCUGUCGGGAGGAUCAAAUGGAAUGCUAUGCCAGUGCCGAAGGCAACCUCUCGGCCAUGUUCUUUUCGAGUGAUUUUAAAGAAUCCACCAAUAAAUGCAAUUGUCUGCCAGCCUGCACUUCGCUCGACUACGACGUUGAAAUAUCCGAGGGAAAUUUUAAAGCCGAAGCCAUUGGUGAGCAGUACAUCGAUGACCUGGAAUAUGCCGCAUUUCAUAUCUAUUUUAAGGAUAAUAAAUUCUUUACUUCUCACCGUUCGGAAUUGUAUGGCUAUUAUGACUUCAUAGCCAGUUGUGGUGGUAUAUUUGGUUUGUUUAUGGGUGUCUCACUGCUGAGCGUUUUUGAAAUACUAUAUCACGUAACGUUGCGGCUUUGGAAUAAUUAUAAAGAGAAAAAAUAUUAAAAUUGUUAAAAUUUCAUUAAAUUUUAUUGAAAAGAAA